CCUGUAGGAUUGCAAAGCCCGUCUGGAUGGGCAGCAUCUCGGCUUGAAGCGUUGUUCGGUGCGCUGUGCCUGCUUGGAUAGCGGGAGUUUGGCGGCGUCGAGGCUCCUCCUCCGCCAGGUCAACCCACUCUUACCUUCCUCCGCCCUGCGGUCCUGAUUCCCAGCAGAGGCGCUGUGCAGAGCGAGGACCGGAGGCUGCUGCCGCCGCCACCGCCGUCGCCUCUCCAGUGCGAGCAGGAGCCAUGUGACUCGCCGGUGAGUCGGGGCGUGCGGCUGCCUCCUGCUUCAGAGCUACCUGAUCCGAAUACUAAGCAGAGGCAGCGAGGGGAACGACGCCGCUGCGGCCGGGGCUGCCGGAGUUGAGGGACGCGCGUUGCAAGCCGGAUCGAGCGCUUGGGCUGCCCGUUUCCAAAAAGGCGCCGAUGAUGGAGAUGAAAGAUCAAGGCGCUCAGAUGGAGCCACUGCUGCCCACGUUAUUAGAGGAGCACAAAGAUGAAGACUGGAGGCAGGAGAAUGGUCCCCCCUCUGGAAUCUGCUGUCCAAACUCAACAGCUUAUCACUUCAUGAGGAAUGAUGAAGAGGCAGUGGUGGACCAGGGAGGAACACGUUCCAUUCUCAAGACGCAUUUUGAAAAGGAGGAUUUGGAAGGUCACAGGACUUUGUUUAUCGGGGUUCAUGUCCCAUUGGGUGGAAGAAAAAGCCACCGCCGCCAUAGACACCGUGGACACAAACAUAGAAAGAGAGACAGAGAAAGGGAUUCGGGAUUAGAAGAUGGCCGAGAGUCUCCUUCGUUUGAUACUCCUUCACAGAGGGUGCAGUUUAUUCUUGGAACAGAAGAUGAUGAUGAGGAGCACAUCCCACAUGAUUUAUUCACCGAGCUUGAUGAAUUUUGUUUGCGAGAAGGAGACGAUGCUGAAUGGAGGGAGACUGCCAGGUGGUUAAAGUUUGAAGAAGAUGUUGAAGAUGGCGGGGAGAGGUGGAGUAAACCAUAUGUUGCUACUUUAUCACUUCAUAGCUUGUUUGAAUUGAGAAGUUGUAUCCUUAAUGGCACAGUCUUACUAGACAUGAGAGCAAAUUCUUUAGAAGAAAUUGCAGAUAUGAUUCUUGAUCAACAAGUAGGGUCUGGACAGCUCAGUGAGGAUGUUCGCCACAGAGUCCAUGAGGCUUUACUCAAACAGCAUCAUCAUCAGAACCAAAAGAAGUUAAGCAAUAGGAUCCCAAUAGUCAGGUCCUUUGCUGACAUUGGCAAGAAACAGUCUGAACCCCAUUCCAUGGACAAAAAUGCAGGUCAGAUUGUUUCCCCACAGUCUGCGCCAACCAGCAUUGAAACAAAAAAUGAUGUCAGCCGAGAAAACAGUACUGUUGACUUUAGUAAGGGACUAGGAGACCAGCAAAAAGGGCAUAACAGUAGUCUAUUUGGGAUGAAACAGAGAAAUGAAAAAGGACACCUUCAUCAGGAAGAGAGAGAGAGAGAGGUUGACCUGCAUUUCAUGAAAAAAAUCCCGCCUGGAGCCGAAGCCUCAAACAUUUUGGUUGGUGAGCUUGAAUUCUUGGACCGUGCCGUAGUCGCCUUUGUUAGAUUGUCUCCUGCUAUGUUGCUUUCAGGAUUGACAGAAGUUCCAAUCCCAUCAAGAUUUUUAUUUAUUCUUCUGGGACCCUCAGGAAAAGGUCAACAGUAUCAUGAGAUUGGCAGAUCAAUUGGAACAUUAAUGACAGAUGAGGUAUUUCAUGAUGUUGCAUAUAAAGCUAAGGAUCGCAGUGACUUAGUUGCUGGAAUUGAUGAGUUUCUUGAUCAAGUGACAGUUCUCCCUCCAGGAGAAUGGGACCCAACAAUUCGCAUAGAACCUCCCAAAAAUGUUCCUUCUCAGGAGAAACGUAAAAUUCCAGGUGUACCAAAUGGAACUGCUGCUCAUGGAGAUCCAGAGCCACUUGGAGGACAUUCGGGGCCAGAAUUACAACGUACUGGAAAGCUCUUUGGGGGCUUGGUUUUAGAUAUCAAGAGGAAAGUGCCAUUCCUUCUGAGUGACUUCACUGAUGCAUUCAGCUUGCAGUGUCUAGCAUCUUUUCUAUUUCUCUAUUGUGCUUGUAUGUCUCCUGUUAUCACAUUUGGCGGCUUGCUGGGAGAAGCAACAGACGGUCGUAUAAGUGCAAUAGAAUCUUUGUUUGGUGCAUCGAUGACUGGAAUAGCCUACUCAUUGUUUGGUGGGCAGCCUCUGACCAUAUUAGGUAGCACAGGACCAGUUUUGGUGUUUGAAAAGAUAUUAUUCAAGUUUUGCAAGGAAUACGAACUGUCUUAUCUUUCUUUGAGAGCGAGCAUUGGUUUAUGGACUGCAAUUCUGUGUAUCAUUCUCGUGGCGACGGAUGCAAGUUCUUUGGUGUGCUACAUAACUCGGUUUACGGAAGAAGCCUUUGCAUCUCUUAUCUGCAUCAUUUUCAUUUAUGAGGCCUUAGAAAAGCUCUACCAUCUCAGAGAAACAUAUCCAAUCAACAUGCAUAAUAACUUGGAACUCCUUACACAAUACUCAUGCAGCUGUGUAGAACCAGAUAACCCAAGCAAUACUACCUUACAAUAUUGGCAGUCAAAAAACAUGUCCUCAUCUGAAAUACCUUGGUCAAAUCUUACUGUGACUGAAUGUAAUAACUGGAAAGGGAUGUUCGUUGGAGAAGCCUGUCUUGAUCAUGGGCCUUAUGUUCCAGAUGUCCUCUUCUGGUCAGUCAUCUUAUUCUUUUCUACAGUCAUACUGUCAUCCACACUGAAGCAGUUCAAGACUAGUCGGUAUUUCCCAACCAAGGUACGGUCUGUGAUAAGUGACUUUGCCGUCUUUCUCACCAUCCUAUCUAUGGUGAUAGUUGACUAUUUCCUUGGCAUCCCAUCACCAAAACUUCAGGUUCCAAAUGUUUUUAAGCCUACCAGGGAUGACCGUGGCUGGUUUGUCUCACCCUUGGGUCCCAAUCCUUGGUGGACUAUCCUAGCUGCUCUAAUUCCAGCUCUUCUUUGUACCAUUCUGAUAUUUAUGGACCAACAAAUUACAGCUGUUAUUAUAAACAGAAAAGAACAUAAGCUAAAGAAAGGCUGUGGCUAUCACUUGGACUUGCUAAUGGUGGCCCUCAUGCUUGGCGUGUGUUCGAUCAUGGGCCUGCCUUGGUUUGUGGCUGCCACUGUUCUAUCCAUCUCUCACGUGAACAGCUUAAAGUUGGAAUCUGAAUGUUCAGCUCCAGGAGAGCAGCCCAAAUUUCUUGGCAUUCGCGAGCAACGGGUCACUGGGCUCAUGAUAUUUAUCCUUAUGGGCAGCUCAGUUUUUUUAACCAGAGUGCUUAAAUUUAUUCCCAUGCCAGUACUUUAUGGUGUAUUUCUUUACAUGGGUGCCUCUUCUCUCAAAGGAAUUCAGCUUUUUGACAGAAUCAAGUUAUUCUGGAUGCCUGCCAAACACCAGCCAGACUUCAUCUACCUAAGGCAUGUUCCCCUUCGAAAAGUCCAUCUCUUCACAGUAAUCCAGCUGAGCUGUCUUGUGUUACUAUGGGUUAUUAAAGUUUCCAAAGCUGCCAUUGUAUUUCCAAUGAUGGUCUUGGCAUUGGUGUUUGUCAGAAAACUCAUGGACUUCUUUUUCACCAAACGUGAGUUAAGCUGGCUGGAUGAUCUGAUGCCUGAGAGCAAGAAAAAAAAACUUGAAGAUGCUGAAAAAGAGGAGGAACAAAGUAUGUUAGCAAUGGAAGAGGAAGGAACAGUCCAGUUGCCACUUGAAGGACACUGCAGAGAUGACCCAUCUGUAAUAAAUAUUUCUGAUGAGAUGGCAAAAACAGCUGUAUGGAAGACACUGUUGAUAUCGUCAGAAAAUGCCAAGGACAAGGAGUCCAGCUUUCCUACUAAAAGCUCCCCUUCCUAAUCUCUAGAAGCGGAUUUCCCAAAGCACUGAAGGCCGACAAGAGAAGAAAGCUGACUCAGGGAAAGGUGUGGAUCGUGAGACUUGUCUGUAACUUGCUCUUCAGUGUGUUUGUUUUAAAAAAAGCAAGACAAAUGCAGGAGUGCUGCAAUCAUUAAUGUUCCAGAUUUGAUUGCCCCAUUGUACAUCUUGUGCAUCAUCUCACAGUAGCACUGGUAUAAUGUAAGUCGUGCAGUAUGUGCUUCAGUUCAUUGUCUGCUCUUCGGUUCUGGCUGAAGCAAUGCAGAAAAUGGGGGUAGCCAAUGAAACCUUGCUGGGGGCUCCCCAAUUGAAACCCUUUGGAAAUGUGAACCAGUGUUUCCAUUCCAACUACUCUCUGUAGAAUUGGACCUAUUUUCCUACUUUGCCUAUGUGACUUAUUUUCAUAGCUUUUCCAUACUAGAAGAAAAGAAAACAAAACAAAAAACAACUGGAAAUAGUCUUUAUUCAUCUGAGUAAAUAUUGAAUCCAUAUUCCUACAAUGGAAGAAUUGUAUAAUUUGGGACCAAUUGUUUCAGAAACCUAACAUAACAAAGAAAAUUUCAUUUUUAGAGCUAUUUUUCAAUAAGGAUUGCUUUGAUCCUUCAAACUCAACAUUCUAAUGAGUUAUCCCCCCCAGUUUAAAAUCAUGGCUUGUAUGUGUGGGUGUACGAUUGUAUGUAUGUGUGUGAUUUACAGGAUGAGACCUAUAUUUGUGCAAUUUCCUUGAUUUAAUACUGGAUAUUUAAUAUUUAAAUUUAUAUAUAACUGGAAAAAUAAAACAAUAUAAUAUAUAAAGAUAUAUAGAAUAUAGUUAACAUUCUCUCAUCUUGUUUGAAAAAAAAGCCACAUCCAUCGAUGUGCAAUAUCCGUACAAUAUUUGUUGUGAAUGCAAGCUGUUACUAUUGUAUCUUACUGUACUGUACUAAAUGUUGCAGUGGUAGGUCCAACAGCUGCAUUGUGGAGAUAAAUAAUACUUUUUUUCUAACUUUCUGGAUUAUAAUCCUUGACAGAAAUGAUCAGUAAAAAUGACCCGGAGUAAUCAAUAGGGCAAUUGCUUCUCACUUUUCCUCAAGUGCAUGCUUCCAGGCACAAUCCAUCUAUAGUUAAAAUUUUAAGGCCUAUUGAUUUCAGGUUAAUGGUUGAAGCAUGCACUUCUUUUUUUCUUUUUUGAUACCAGUGGGACCAAGGUGUGAUUUGAUUGUAAUUUCAUUUAUUUCCCAUUGUUAAUUAAAUUUGAAGUCAGAAUCUCACUGAAAUAAAAGUGUUGACAUUUAGGGACAAGGCUGUUACUGAUCAGAUCUCCGUUCUGCACAAACGUAUGUUUAGUCUUUCUUAAUAGUUUCAUGUAUUUGGAAUCCACACUCUUUCUGUAGAAGCCAUAUAAUGUUAUUAUUGUCUUGGAUUUUAUGAAUAGCCAAAUUACAUAUUUUCAUCCCAGAAAACAACUUCAAAGAGGGUCCAUCCCUCAAGCAGGUUGCUGUAAAGCCAUCCUAGUUUUAGUAGGCUGCCUGAGCACAACUUCCUUAGGGCAAUCUCACCGUAAUGAUUCUCCCUCAUAGAAAAACCCAUUGGUUGCUCAUGUUUGGCAUCUGCAUAAGCAACCUGUGGUUGCAUAUUUAUGAAGAAGGAUUCAGGACUGGAUUUUUUUUUUUAAUUUAGCCUGGUUGGCCAAUCUGUUGAAGAGAACUGUUCCAUUGUGUGAAGGCAGCUGGAGGGAAAAAAAAAUGCCCCAAGCACUUGUGAGAAUGAAUGCGUUGUGAGUAAAAUAAAAGGGCAGUAUCAAACAUUUUAAAUUUAUUCUUAUAUGUUUUUAGCUUUUUUGGGGGGGGACAUUAACGAACAAUUAACCAGAUCUUACAAGCUCACCAGUGGUUUCAAGAAUCAGGAAAAUAUACUUAUAGGAUUUCAACAUUCAGGCUUUUUCAAGUUCCAAGUUGCCCCUAAUAUGGGAAGAAUCCUCAGCCGAGUUUUGCUGGCAGGUAUAGUAACAGCCGCAAGCAGCAGAGCUUGGAUAGCUAGAAGAGAAUAAGGGGGCAGAAUCAGUGAUAAGAAUCAUCCCUGAUUCUUGUUUGCAAGUCAGGGACCUGGAAAGGUUGCAGUUGUCGAACUGACUUCUCCAUUGAAAUGUUUGAGUGGGUGACAUACACUGGAAGUUAGGUCUGUGCAAGAAAAAAAUGGGAAUCUUUAGAUGAAGCAUUUGUGCCUGUUUCUCUCCAAAGGAUCAUGAAUUUCAAAGUAAAUACAGUACAUGUUGACAGGAACAUAGGACCAAAGAAUAGGGAUUUUCCAGGACAGAAAAAAAAGGUACAGUUCUUUUUACAAUUUGAAAAUGACUUCACCUUUUAGCAUACCUUUUAAACAGUUUGUGUGUGGAAGGCUUUGUUCUUCUGUAGAACCUCUCACCCCACUAGAUCCACCUAAUGGAGACCACCAGCAGCAACUAGAUUCUGGCUUUUCCUGUAGAACAGGGGUGAGGAACUACAGGCCCUUUAUGACUUGUGGACUUCAACUCCCAGAAUUCCUGAGCAUGGCUGGUUCAGGAAUUCUGGGAGUUGAAGUCCACAAGUCAUAAAGGGACCAUAGUUCCUUACCCCUGGUAUAAAACAUCUCCUACAAUUGGAGUCAAAUGCAUCCACCAGCUUCAGAUUUUCUCCACCUGUUCAAGUGGGCAGUAUGUGGUGUUAAUUCCAUGUUGCGGAUAGAGAACCAAGAUUAAGGAGCCAAGGCCUUGCCAUAGAUAUGUUCUCUCCUAUCGUCAGCUAGAAGAGAAUGUAUUCUUGCCUUUUGCAAGGAAGUUGUAGCCUUAAGAGCCAUUUGUGUCAGAUUCACAGCAACCUGCUCAACUGCAGGAGCUUGGGAGUGACUGCUCUGAAAAAUGGGCCUCAUCCACCUGCACAGGCUACUCUUUCUUCAAUGAUAGUGAGUAAGAGUCUAGGCUACCCAAUUCCACAUGCCUUGUGCUUUGUACACAGUAUCACACCAGCUGCUUUUGUGCCAAAAAUAGGCUAAAUUAGAUUUACAUAAUGAAAAGCAUUGCUUCUGAAGCUAUUUUUGAUGCCCAAUAUUUUCUCAGUGUUGUCUAAAUUCUUCACAUUCUUGUAUGCAAAUGAUAAAUUCAAAGAAAAAAAAACCUGCACUGAAUAAAAUGUAUGGAUAAAUUUAGAUCAGUGUUUCCCAAACUUGACAAUUUUAAGGCAGGUGGACUUCAACUCCCAGAAUUCCACAGCCAGCAAUGCUGGCUGUGGAAUUCUGGGAAUUGAAGUCCACCUGCCUUAAAAUUGUCAAGUUUGGGAAACACUGAUUUAGAUAAAAGUAUGACUCUAAUAAGAUUAAAAUGCUUUGUCAUUGUGUACUGGAUGAUCCCUUGUAACAUUCCAAGUGAGUCUUUUAAUAGCCAUGCAAUGCAGAGUAGUCCAUGAAGAGAAACUGACCGCUGAUAUUUUUUUGUAAAAAAAAUGCUGAUAUGCAGAACAAUCAACUCAGCUUUCUGGACACUAAAAAUUCAUGGACUGAAUUAUAUUCUGCAGUAUUUCUGUUCAGUAUUUUGGAGGGCUCUUUUUUAAAACAGCUUGUUUUUGUGUGAGUAUCAAUCCCAACAUUUUCAAAUCACAGUAAGAGAGUAAAAUGCAACUGGCAGUAGUAUAUUUACUUUUAAUUUCCCAUUUCCUGGUCAAACUGCUUAAUUUCUUGGAUGUAAUUUAUUAAAAAGUUUUAAGUGUACGUGUGAAUAGAGUAUUGUUUUUUCAUGACUCAAGAAAUGUUAUCCAGAAAUAAAUAUUUAUCCUAACUGUUCUUCCUGUUUA